AUGGAAGGUUGUAAGGCAGUUAAAACUCCUAUUGGUGCUCAUUUCAAGUUAUCUCUUCAAGAUUCACCUAAGACAGAACAUGAAGAAAGGUACAUGAGUUCAGUUCCUUAUGCUAAUGUUGUGGGUAGUAUGAUGUAUCUGAUGGUCUGCACUAGACCAGAUUUGGCAUAUGCAGUCAGUGUUGUGAGUAGAUACUUGUCUUGUCCUGGUAAAAAUCACUGGGAAGCUGUGAAGUGGAUCCUGAGGUAUUUGAAGGGAACUCAGGAUUGGGGUUUAGUAUUUGGGGAUAAUGCUAGUGAUCAAGAAAGGGUGGUGGGCUUUGUUGAUGCUGAUUUUGCUAAAGAUCCUGAUAAGGGUAGAUUAGUCACUGGAUAUAUGUUCAAAAUACUUGGUAAUGUGGUGAGCUGGAAAUCACAGUUGCAGCACAUAGUAGCUUUGUCAACAACAGAGUCUGAAUAUGUGGCAUUAACUCUGAAGCUGUGA